UUCCUCCUUGUCUUCUGGGCGCAGAACCGGGCGGAGACGACUCUUUAAACCCCGGAGCCAUCCGAAUCUGCGGUCGUUGCUGCUUCUCGCGGGAGCGAAUCCCAGAGUUUGAGAUGCUUUCUCUUCCAUUUCUUCCCCCGCCUCGUGGCCGCCCUCAGACCUUUCCCGAAGGAAGAUGGUGAAUAUUGAGAACCUUCCCAAGGAGAUGCUGCUGGAGAUCUUCCUUCGGCUCCCUUCCUGGUUCCUCCUUCGCAGUUGCCGCCUGGUUUGCUCCGGGUGGCGAGACAUGGUGGACACUCUGAACACGGGAUGGAAAGAGAAGUGUGAGCAGGCCGGCUACCCACUUGGGGCGUUGGCUGGUGCUCUCCCUGACUGGAAGACUCUCUACAUUCUUUGCAGAAUGAAGAAGAACCUCAUUAGGAAUCCCUGCGGCGAAGAGGGCCUGAACUCCUGGCAAAUUGGGCCAGAUCAAGAAGAGGCCUGGGAUGUAGGGAAGCUGUCAAGGGAUGACUCUCCCUUUGAGGAUGGAACAUGGUGCUUUGGUGCAUUUAGCGGGUAAGGAGCACAUUCCCAAUCAAAUGAAUUUGGGGUGGUGGUGGUAUGU